AUGUUAUGCCAGACUGCAUUCAAAGUCUACAGCACUGUUCAGGGUGAGUUUUCCAUCUCUGGUUCUCUGACUAAAGCAUGCGGAACAGCCAUUCCAUAUAUGUGGGAGCAUUUGCUAACUAGGAUCUCAGGCGUCGGAUUCCGCGAUUUCACACAAAAACGUGCAGUAGAAUAUGGACUGAAAGGUUGGGUGAAGAACACUACUUGCGGAAGAGUUGAAGGGGAAGCCCAAGGGGACGAGGAAACACUCAAGAAGUUCUUGAAGGAUCUCGACAAAGGGCCCCGACACGCGCACGUGGUUAAACUGGAGAAACGAGAUAUCACCGUGGAAGAAGGAGAAGAUCACUUCACAGUCAAACGAACUUCUGAAUCACUCUUCGAGAGCACAAAUUGA